UCCCUUUUCUUUACUGUGUACAAUACAGAUCUCUAACUUUCGCAAUCAUCGAAUCUCCAUAUUUUCAUUCUUGAAUUCUUGAUUUCCCUUCUCUGUUGGCGCUUGGCUUUCUUUUCUGUAAUUUUCUUAAUAGUAAUUAGUAACAAUAAUUAAAUAUAUUAUUGUUUUUCCCCUGAAUAAAAAAGGGCGCUGUAAUUUAGGCAUUCUUGAGCGAUUAUUUGGCAAAGAGAAGGAAAAAGAGACAGAAACGAAAAUCUAAUCUUUGGGUUUUUCUUUAUUCUCCCUCUUUUUUAUAAUUUAUGGGAAUCGAGGGAGAAGAAGAAUGAACCAUGCCCGUACAGCGUAACGGAGCACGCAAGGGCCGGGCAGCAGCACCGAAGCGGCAACAACAACAGCCGAAUCCGAUCGAGGCAGGGGAAGCGAUCGCGACGCGCACAAGAAGGCGGCGGCAGGCGGCUGAAGCUGCGGCGGCGGCAGACGAGGCGCCUGUGAUAAACAAUAACAACGGCGACGGUGACAAUAAGAAUAAGAAACAGCGGGCGCAGGGGGGCAAUGACAAGUUAACUGUCGCGGCGGCAGUUGGGGAGGCGGCAGUUGGGGAGGAGGAGAAUAACAACAACAACAAUAACAAUAGGGUUUUAGUGGAAAGGGAUCGAGUGGAGAAAGAGGAAAUAGGGGAUAAGGAGAUGGAUGAGUUCGAUAACGGAGGAAGGCGGAGUAAUGAUAAGGGGAAUGCUGGUGACGAUGAAGGCAGCACCGCCCCGAUUCCUGAAAAGGUUCUGAACAGCAUUGUGUACUGCUGGAAUCCUCCUCCGGUGGACUAUUUUAAGAUGAAUGUGGAUGGGGCUGUUUGCAGUGUUGGGAUGAUGGCUGGUAUAGGAGGAAUUCUCAGGGAUUGGAAUCGGGUUACUCUUCUUUCAUUCUCUGAAAGUGUCGGGCCUACCACACCUAUUCUAGCAGAACUAAAAGCUAUAAAAAAAGGCAUUGACAUCUUUGUUUCUUCAGAUUGGGUGUUGAAGGGCAGGCUUAUUAUCGAAUGCGACUCAAAGACAACAGUGGAUUGGAUCAUUAAUCAAGUUUCUGCCCCUGUUUUUCUGUCUAAUUUGGUUAAGGAAACUGUGGCUUCUGUUUCUUUAAUUCACGCUAUUGUCAGGUGGAUUCAUAGAAGUUGUAAUUGUGAAGCUGACAAGUUAGCGAAGGAGGGAAUUGGGUGAUUGUAGUCAUGGAUUUAGUUGGUUUGUAUGCUUUAGAGUAAUAGUGUUUCAGGAGUGUUUUAUGUCGGUAGUAUUUGG